GACCAUGAUGUCAGAAAUAUUUCCCACACUUGAAACGGAGCUGGACAAUUACCUCACGCAUGCUGACCGCCAAGAUGGGGUGUAAGUUAUGAUCAGAAUCGGUUUAAGUAAAUUGGAUGAUUAAGUUUAAAAAGUAUGAAUAUAUUUUUAUCUUCAUAAGUUUUUUGUAAAUAAAUUAUUGAGCCAGCAGUUUUCCGUGGUAAAAUAUGGUUGAUUUGAUGAAGAAUACACAGUUACUCUAUAUGCAUGUUGUUAAUUUCAUGAACAUUGCACUGGCUCUUUGUGAACAUUUUUUUACAAUUUCAUAAAAAUCGCACAGACUCGCCAUAAACAUUUUAUUAAUUUGAUGAACAUUGCACCAGCUCCUCAUGAACAUUUAAAAAAUUUGAUAAACCUUGAACAGGUUCUCCAUGAACAUGUUGGUACGCAUGAGUCAGCACGUCAUCAACAGCCAGGACAUGGGCUCAUACCUUGGCAAAACAUAUGGCAACUGCCUCAUUAAAGUCAAGAGAAACUUUGAUAGAUAUGUUGUAAGUAAAUUCUUGCUUAUGGAACAGUUGAAAAUUCAAUAGGUAUGUAGUAAGUAAAUGUUUUCAUAUGAAAUUGUUGAAACUUGAACAGAAAGAUAUAAUCUUAGUAAUGCUUUCUUGUGAAAUUAUUGAAAAUCUCCUCAGUUGAUGAACAAGAUUUUUGUGGCUCAUUUCUAUGUAUAAGAUAAUUACAACUUAAAUUAAAGUUGUUGUCACUCAAAAGUUGAGCAUUACAUUAUAUUUUAUUGUGCUUCAAUUUCUCAAAGAUCAUCCACUAUGAAUUGUUAUACAGGAUUCCAUGAUGCAAGCCAUUAAGGAGACCAAAGUGUCCAAGAAAAGUCGAUGUGGCAUCAUCAGUUUUGUGCACAAUUUUGAGGUGAGGUUUUCAUUCACUGAUGGUCUCUUUAAAAAAAAAUAGCCCCACAACAUGGUUUUUUUUUUUUUUUUUUGACAUGUUUUAUCUGAGUUAUUAGAUUAAUUCAUUUUCAGCGGGAAACAAACCUAGGUGCCGUUUUCACUGAAAAUUGAACUAUAAGAAUUUAAGAAAUAAAGUACAACAAAAUUUUUUAAAUUAUUUUUUUUUUUUUUCUUUUUCUUUUUAAAAAAAAAUAUCCCUUUAUUUUGGUUUUUUUUUUUUUUUUUUGACAUGUUUUAUCUGAGUUAUUAGAUCAAUUCAUUUUCAGCGGGAAACAAACCUAGGUGCCGUUUUCACUGAAAAUUGAACUAUAAGAAUUUAAGAAAUAAAGUACAUCACAAUUUUUUAAAUUGAGGCACAUAAAAAAACUGAACUGAACUAAUGUGUCUCUGUCGUCCCCGUCCCGUCCCCCCCCCUCCGUCCCCCCCCUGAGGACCUAGAUUAUUAAAAGCACUUUUGUUUCAAGCAAUCCAAAAUAGAAGAAUCUAUUCGAUUUAGGUCAGGUAAAAAAUACACAAGGCAAAUAUCAAAGGAAAGAAAACCCUACUUGGAAUUAACCAAAAGAUUAAUUAUUGCCCUCCCAGGAGUUUUCCAACCUGGCAGAGAGCAUCUUCAGAGGUUCUGACCGCCACACAGAUCUGGACAAGGCUUACACCAAAGUUGUACGGGUCAUCUUUGAGCAGAUUUUGCGUGUGUCCCAGGAGCACCAGAAGACUCCCAAAGAAGUGGUUCUCAUGG